CGUCCCACCGGGGUUUUCGCUUGUGGCUCAUGGCUUCCUAUGGAGCUGCGGGCCCUGCGGGCCGCGCAGCGAACGGCGCAGUGGCGGGCGGCGCUGGCGUGCCUGGCAGAGCUGCGCCGACGGCAGGCCGGAUCGAUCCUUUCCUUCAACUUCGCCCUGGGGGCCCUGAAAUCAGCUGGGCGCUGGCGGCAGAGCCUUCAGCUCUUGGCAGAGGUGUUCUGGGCGAACCUCCAGGCUACGGCGGUGACUUUGAGCUCGGCGCUCUGCGUCCUGCCCUGGCGCCGCGCGGCCUCGCUGCUCGCCGACGGCGGAUCCGUGGCAAAGGACUUGGCGGGCGAUGGCUUCGUGCGGGUGGCGGCGAUGGGCGGUCCUUGGGUCCAAGGCGUCCAGAGUUUGGAGCGCGGCGGCACCGGCGACCCGGAUGCCGUCAUCAACGCCUUGCUCGGCAGCCUCACGAAGGUGGCGUGAAGGCGUGACGUUGGCGCCCAAGGAGGUGGUGGGCCGAAACUCCUUGGCCCGCGCCGUCGCCUGGCCGCGCAGCCUGGGAAUCGUGCGCACCUUGGAGGCGACGUGUCUGCAGGCCACGACGGUGUCCUACAACUCGGCGCUGGUGAAUCUCCGGUGGACGCAGGGGCUCAUGCUUCUCUCGAAGGUCGAGAAGAACCGUGGACUUCGCCCCAGCUGCGUCACCUACAACACCCUCGUGGCCUCGGCGACGUGGCGCGUUGCCUUGGCCUUGGCGUCUCUGGCGCGCCUGCGGCGCGCAAGCGACGCGGUCACAUACAACACUGCCAUCUCCGGCUCCGAGUGGCGCUGGGCCCUGGUGGUGCUGGACACCCUGGGCUCCGAGGUGGUAGCCCUCAAUGCAGCGGCCAGCGCUUGCGAAAAAGCGUCGCAGUGGCAGCAGGCGCUUGCCCUGGCGCUGGGAUCUGCGGACGUGGUCACCUGGAGCGCGGCGGUGGCGGCGUGCGAGAAGGCCAAGGAGUGGCAACGGGCGCUGGAGAUCCUGGCGUCGCUCCGCUCGAAGCUCCAGGCAGAUGUGAUCAUCUACAACUCCGCGAUUUCCGCCUGCGAGGGACUGGGCAAGUGGCAGCACGCCCUUCUGCUGCUGCAAGAGGUGCAUUCGCUCCGGCUGGCGAGCAGCGUGAGCUACAACGCCUGCAUCAGCGCCUGCGAGAAAUGCGCGAAGUGGCAGCAGGCGCUGGGGCUGCUGUCCGCGCUGUACCAGCACAAAGUGGAAGCGACCGUCAUCACGUACAACUCCGCCAUCAGCGCGUGUCAGAAGGCUUCGCGCUGGAAGCACGCCCUACUGCUGUUGGCAGCGGUGCAGCCAGAUGUUGUCACCUUCAACGCUUGUAUCCUCGCGAGCCCCUGGCAACAGGCGCUGGGUUUGCUGGCGCGGGCGGGGGCGAGGUUUGGGGAGCUGCCUGAGGCGUCGUUCCUGGCGGCGCUGGGGAACUUCAAGGCGCCCCGCUGGCGCCAGGCACUGGCGCUGGUUGCAGCCUUGGAGCUCCACUGGCCGCCAGACACGGCCUACCAGCAGACAGUGGACGCCUGCGCCGGCGCUUUGGGCAGUGGCCAGGCGAAAGGUCGAUUUCCUGAAGUCUUGCGCGACCAGCCCGGCGAGAACAUCAUAACACAAACGUCGCGAGGUCGUAUCGCUCGGUUUUUCCGGUGCCGGAAAAAGGAAUCGAAGGUGGAAGAUCCUGCGGUGCUUUUGUGCAGCAUGGCGCCAGAGAGCCCGCGCUUGUGCGCCAGGAAGCCUUGCACACGCCCGGCGAACAUCUCGCCCAGUGACAUUGCCAGGACUUCGCCCGUGCGCAGCCACCGCGGCUGGUCCCCUCCCUCCCCGAAGAUGAUGGCGCGCGGCCACGGCUGCGGCCCCUCUCCGUCCCCAGAGCCCCGGGAGCCCGCGGCGGCGCUUCCAGCGCCGCCGGCCAGCGGCGCGGGGCCGCUGCCGGUGGCAAACUGGGCGCUGUCGUCACCGGUGGCCACAAGCUGGGGAUACAAACCCAAGGAGGAGGAGAAGCGCCGUGUCGUGAAGCCCGAAAAGAAGGAGAAGGAGCGCCAACCCUUCACCUGCAAGGAUGGCUUGCCGCUGGACUACGACGCUGUCACUGAGGAGACUUGGCGACAAUUCGACACAUCCCUGAGCCACCUGGCCAGCAAGGCCGCAUACCUGCGUGGCAUCAUGAAGGCCUUGAGCGGUGGCAUGCCAGGAGAAGUCCCUCGCUUGCCCAGCAAGUUCCUUCCGAUGCCCGUUUGCAAGGAGAUGGACAGGGAGGACAAGACAAAGAUCGAGACAGGCAAGCGUAUCCGGAGCCCUCAACUGCGGGAGAAUAAGGUGGUGCCAGGCCCUCGAGCUCGCAAGGACGAGGAAAUCGAGAUCGCCAUGCGAGUGCGCAAGCCUUUUGGAGAGGUCGGCUUGAAUUCCAUGCCCAAGUUGUUUAGGCAGAGAGCCACAAUUUGGUGA